AUGUCCGAAUAUGAGGAUAUAUAUCGUCACCUUCAUAGCAAUCCUGAAUUGUCUAUGCGCGAGUUUGAUACAGCUGCACUAACAGUUGAUCAACUGGGCAAGCGAGGAUUUGAAGUCAUCAGUGGUAUUGGAGGUAGUGGAGUGGUUGCAACUUUUCGGAACGGCGAUGGGCCUAUUGUAAUGCUCAGAGCAGAUAUGGAUGCUCUCCCCGUAGAGGAGCUCACGGAGCUUCCCUACGCAAGCAGCAAAACUCAGAUCGAUAUGUUUGGGAAAGAGCGCCCGGUAAUGCAUGCUUGUGGCCAUGAUGUUCAUGUGACAUGUCUAUUGGCCGCCGCUGAAUCUCUUCACAAUGCGAGGGAAACGUGGUCCGGCACAGCCAUUUUUCUUUUUCAGCCUGGCGAAGAAGAUGGAGCUGGUGCUAGAGCCAUGGUCGAGGAUGGUCUGUUCGACAAGAUCGAUAAGCCUGAUGUUCUACUCGGUCAACACGUGGUGCCAACAAAGUCAGGAACCUUGCAGAUUCGGUCUGGAGCAGCACUUUCAGCCUGUGAUUGUUUUGACAUUCGCAUAUUCGGCAAAGGAGGCCAUGGGUCUGCUCCACAUCGAACCAAAGAUCCGGUUCUUGCAGCGUGCUCGAUUGUAAUGAGGCUGCAAGGUAUAGUUUCAAAAGAAGUUGACCCAGCCGAGUUCACCGUGAUUACUUGUGCCUACUUCCAUGCGGGCCGAGUGAUCAAUAUUGUUCCUGACUUUGUCGAUCUCAAGAUUGAUGUCCGAUCGUACAAUCCCACAGUACGGAAAACAGUCGUUGAAGCCGUCAAGAGAAUGAUAUACGCCGAGGCAGAAGCUUCCGGACUACCUCAGAAGCCAUCUAUCAAAAAACCAGACGACAUUCCAUCCAUAGUCAACGACAAGGCUGUGGCUGAAAAAUUGAUUGCCACUUUUGAAACCCAAUUUCCCAGUCAGAUUUCCGAAAUGAAGCGAGAUACAGGUAGCGAUGACUUUUCAAUAUUUGCCACAGAGAAAGGAAUUCCAUGUGCUUAUUGGAACAUCGGUGGAACAGCUCCAGAUACCUGGGACGAUGCGAAUCGCAAUGGAACUUUAUCAGAAAUCCCAGCAAACCAUUCUGCUUACUUUGCACCUGCCAUCGAACCAACGCUAAAGGGUGGUACGGAUGCCCUUACACUUGCUGCACUGGCUUUCUUGAAAAUCAUCUAA